AGCCUAGAGACUGGGGAAAAGGAACAGCCGAGAAAGGAAGAGAAUUCCCUGGCAAACCAACUUCUACGCUCAACCAAGUCAGACGAGAAGCUGACCAGAAGCCUGUGACUUCAGCCACGUGAUCAGCUCGAGUGCCAGUCCCUGCCCUGGCUCCAAUUUCUACCCGGUCUCCAACCACUUCGCCUUCUGCUCCAGCAUCGGUUCUGGCCCAGCUCCGGCCCCCUUCCAGCUCCAGAUCUAGCUUUCGGCCUCUGGUUCUCUUUGGGGCCCUUCUCCAGCUCUAACUCCCAGAUCCAGUACGCGGCUCCCACGCCAUGGCUAGUUCCUUCUCCCGAUUACUCUCUGCCCGCACGGGACUCGGGCUUCUUGCUGUGGCCGGCGCAGGGUCUCUGGCUGCUGGGUAUCUGUUCCGCCCUGACCCACUACGAGCCGCCGGAGAGCGAAGGAGGCUGUACCCACCCAGUGCAGAGUACCCUGACCUUCGAAAACAUAAUAACUGCAUGGCUAGUCACCUGACUCCAGCUGUUUAUGCCCGGCUCUGCGACAAGACCACGCCCACAGGAUGGACACUAGACCAGUGUAUCCAGACUGGUGUGGACAAUCCUGGUCACCCUUUCAUCAAGACUGUGGGCAUGGUAGCUGGAGAUGAAGAGACCUAUGAGGUAUUUGCUGAGCUUUUUGACCCAGUGAUCCAAGAAAGACAUAAUGGCUAUGAUCCCCGAACAAUGAAGCAUACUACAGACUUGGAUGCCAGCAAGAUUCGGACUGGCCACUUUGAUGAGAGGUACGUAUUAUCCUCAAGAGUCCGAACUGGCCGAAGCAUCAGGGGACUCAGUCUACCCCCAGCCUGUACAAGGGCUGAGCGACGGGAGGUGGAACGAGUUGUAGUGGAUGCACUGAGUGGUCUGCAGGGUGACCUGGCUGGACGAUAUUACCGACUCAGUGAGAUGACUGAAGCUGAGCAACAGCAGCUUAUUGAUGACCACUUCCUAUUUGACAAGCCUGUAUCUCCCUUGCUGACAGCAGCAGGAAUGGCCCGAGAUUGGCCAGAUGCUCGAGGAAUCUGGCACAACAAUGAAAAAAGCUUCUUGAUCUGGGUGAAUGAGGAGGAUCACACACGGGUCAUCUCAAUGGAAAAGGGUGGCAACAUGAAAAGAGUGUUCGAGAGAUUCUGCCGGGGGCUCAAGGAGGUGGAACGUCUAAUUCAAGAACGUGGCUGGGAGUUCAUGUGGAAUGAACGUUUGGGUUACAUCCUGACUUGUCCUUCUAAUUUGGGAACUGGACUUCGAGCAGGCGUGCAUGUCAAACUACCCCUGUUAAGCAAGGACAGCAGAUUCCCCAAGAUCUUAGAGAACCUAAGGCUACAAAAACGUGGAACUGGUGGGGUAGACACAGCAGCCACAGGCAGCACUUUUGACAUUUCUAACUUGGAUCGACUAGGAAAAUCAGAGGUGGAGCUGGUACAGCUUGUCAUUGAUGGGGUCAACUACCUGAUUGACUGUGAGCGGCGGCUAGAGAGAGGACAGGACAUUCGCGUGCCUGCACCCAUUGUCAACAUAAAGAAUUAGCUUUCCAACCAUCCACAGACCUUCCUAAGCUUUCAGCCAAAUGCUCAGCCAAUACCCCCUCCUGCCAACUCUGAAUCUGACCCUUGACCCAGUAAAACUCACUUGUUAUGCUCUA